AUGGGGACACGCGGGGACGGGGACACGCUCCGCCGCUCCUCGCUCCGCCGCUCGCUCUCGUUCUCGCUCUCUCUCUCUCUCUUCUCGUUCACUCUCCCUCGACGUCUCGGCGGCACCGUCGCGCCCGGCUCUGUCCGUCCGUCCGUCCGUCCGUCAGUCCGUCCGUCCUACCUACCCCCGCGCAUCGCUACCCGCGGCGGCCGCCCGUGUCCCCGGCGUGGCAUGGCCCGGCGGUGGCGGAGCGCAGGGCCCGGGCCGGGCGGAGGGCGCGGGGCAGAGGGGCGGCCCCGCCGUCCGGCCGCGCAGGGGCUCUGCAUGAUCCCGGCGCCGCCGCCGCCGCAGCCUUAUGCACCGCGCGCCCACGUCACCGCCCGCCGCGGCCAAUCCGCGCCGCCGCCGCCGCCCCCCCGCGCCCGCCGCGCCGCCGCCGGACGGGGCGUGCGAGGGAGCACGGACGUGGGCACGGUGCGCACGAGGAGACGCGGCCGCUCGGUGGGGUCUGGCACCCCCGCGGGGUCACGGAUCCGUUCGAGCGACCCGCUGGCCGCCGCCGGCCGGAGGAGCGCCUCGCUAGGGACCGGCGACAAACGAGAUCCCGCUUCGGCGUGCGCUCCCCCACGGCAAGCGGCGGGGCCCGAGGGCGCGGGGUCUCCGCGGGGCGCGGAGUCGAGGAGAACCCCGAGGCGGGCCGCUUUUCCCGGGAGGAGCGGUGCGGCGGGGCCGGCACUGCGGCCCGGGACGCUCCGGCGGGGCCGCCCCGGUGGGGAGGGGGCGGCGGGCCCGGGGCCACCCGACAGCCGAGGGCACAGCGGAGGCGCCGGUAACUUCGCCGUGGUUCCGUUACCGGCGCUCGCAGCGCACGUCCGGGCCCGAGGAGCACCGGCCACCGCCAUGGGCCGGUCGGUACCGGGGCGGUGCGGAGGGACGAGGUUUCUCUUUCCUUGGCGCUUUGCUGCCCGUCGGGAGCCACCGCUCCGGGGAGCGGGCUGA